AUGGGAUCAUCCGGCCGAGCACAUCCGUUCUUUUCCCAGGUGCCACUCAUUAAGAAAAAGGACGAUACCUGGCUUUUCUGUGUUGAUUACAUAGCUUUAAAUGCAGUGACUAUUAAAGAUCGGUUUCCUAUUAUGACAGUGGAAGAGCUUUUGGACGAGAUCACCGGUGCUCGCAUUUUUCCAAGCCGGACCUCCAUACGGGGUACCAUAAGUCCCGAUUGGGAAUCACAUCUACAAUACCUUCACGAGGUCUUUACCCAAUUACAGGUUCAUCAGCUGUUCGCGAGGCUCUCCAAGUGUGAAUUCGGAUGCACUACUCUGGCUCCUUUAACAGACCUGCUCCGGAAGGAUGCUUUUGUGUGGACAACAUCAACUACACAGGCUUUCAAACGAUUACAGGAGGCGUUGAUGCAUACCCGAGUUCUUCAAUUGCCAGACUUCAACAUUCCUUUUAUUGUCCAGACUGAUGCAUCAGGAACAGGGAUUGUGUCCGAUCGAGAUCCGGUGUUCAUGUCUGGAUUCUGGCGGGAAUUAUUUCGCCUUCACGAUACAUUGCUUUCCACGAGUAGUGCUUACCAUCCGCAAACGGAUGGCCAAACCGAGCCGUAUAGGCAAUCCUCUUUGGCGCGAAGAUCCUCCGUUAAAUUGUCUCGUUGUUUCUUUGGGCCUUUCCAAGUCCUGGAGAAAUUGGGUGCAGUUGCCUAUAGAUUAGCACUCCUAGAUACAGUUAGACUACAUAAUGUGUUUCAUGUCUCAAAAUUAAAGAAGUUUGUGGGAGAUCCUUCAGCAAUGCUAAAUCCAUUGCUUGACGAAUUUUUACAUUGGCUGUGCUAA